GAGUUAAUUAUGCUGCGUCUGUUAACGAACUCUUCGCUGAGCCGUGGUUCACGGAUUGCCUCUCAGUUGGCACGAGGAUAUGCCAAGGAUGUCAAGUUCGGGCCGGAGGUCAGGGCAAUGAUGCUCCAGGGGGUGGAUGUGCUGGCUGAUGCUGUGGCCGUUACGAUGGGUCCCAAGGGACGUAACGUCAUUAUCGAACAGAGCUGGGGAUCACCAAAGAUAACCAAGGAUGGCGUCACGGUGGCCAAGUCGAUUGCGCUCAAGGAUAAGUUCAUGAACAUCGGGGCCAAGCUCGUCCAGGAUGUGGCCAACAACACGAACGAGGAGGCUGGAGAUGGCACCACAACGGCAACAGUAUUGGCCCGUGCCAUUGCCAAGGAGGGCUUCGAGAAGAUCUCCCGAGGAGCCAAUCCCGUGGAGAUACGACGCGGCGUCAUGCUGGCCAUUGAAACAGUCAAGGAUAAUCUGAAGAAUAUGUCGCGUCCAGUCAACACUCCCGAGGAGAUUGCCCAAGUGGCAACCAUCUCUGCGAAUGGCGACAAGUCUGUGGGAAAACUGAUCAGCGAUGCGAUCAAAAAAGUGGGACGUGAUGGCGUCAUUACCGUCAAGGAUGGCAAGACCAUGAACGAUGAGCUGGAGGUGAUCGAGGGCAUGAAGUUCGAUCGGGGCUACAUAUCGCCGUACUUCAUCAACAGCUCCAAGGGCGCCAAGGUCGAGUUCCAGGAUGCCCUCAUUCUCUUCUGCGAGAAGAAGAUCAAGGCGGCGUCCAGCAUUGUGCCUGCCCUGGAACUGGCCAAUUCUCAGCGCAAGCCAUUGGUCAUCAUUGCCGAAGAUGUCGAGGGCGAAGCACUCAGCACCAUGGUCGUCAAUCGUCUCAAGGUGGGGCUCCAGGUGUGCGCCGUAAAAGCUCCUGGAUUCGGGGACAAUCGCAAGGAGAAUCUCGCGGAUAUGGCCAUUGCCAGCGGAGGCAUCGUCUUUGGCGACGAGGCGAAUCUGGUGCGACUGGAGGAUGUCAAGGUGAGUGACUUUGGUCGCGUCGGCGAAAUUGUCGUCACCAAGGACGACACCAUGCUCCUGAAGGGUCACGGACAGAAGCCGAUGAUAGCCAAGCGUGUGGAGAACCUUCGUGCUGCCAUCGCAGAGAGCACAUCGAACUACGAGAAGGAGAAAAUGCAGGAGCGUCUGGCCAGGCUCUCCUCCGGUGUCGCCCUGCUCCGCGUCGGCGGCUCCAGCGAUGUGGAGGUCAAUGAGAAAAAGGAUCGUGUCAAUGAUGCCCUCAAUGCGACACGCGCUGCCAUCGAGGAAGGCAUCGUGCCCGGCGGUGGCACCGCUCUGCUCCGCUGCAUUACCAAGCUAAACGACCUCAAGGGCAACAACGAGGAUCAAAACAUGGGCAUCGAGAUCAUAAAGCGUGCCAUGCGUAUGCCCUGCAUGACAAUUGCCAAGAAUGCGGGCGUCGAUGGAGCCAUGGUUGUGGCCAAGGUGGAGAUACUCGACGGCGACUAUGGCUACGAUGCCCUCAAGGGUGAAUACGGCAACAUGAUCGAGCGAGGCAUCAUUGAUCCCACCAAGGUUGUGCGCACGGCCAUCAUCGAUGCCGCUGGAGUUGCCUCCCUCCUUACCACAGCCGAGGCUGUUGUCACAGAGCUGCCCCUGGAGGAUGCUGGUGCAGCUGGCGGGCUAGGAGGCAUGGGAGGCAUGGGAGGAAUGGGAGGAAUGGGCGGAAUGGGAGGCAUGGGCGGUCUAGGCAUGUGAGAGACCGGCUAAGGAAUCGCACACAAACGAGGAAUGGGACACGAAGUAUCUAUCGGACUUCCAGCUAUUUGAAAGCACUUAGGGACUACACUAGACAACAAAUUUGAGGGAUAUGAGCCAUUUCCCCAUGGAUAGAUGGCAACAAGGGCAGUUGGUUUUCAGUUAAUCAUUGAUGCAUCACAAUUAACAAAGAAACAAUUAUGAAUUUAUUACAGGAAACUCACGGAUUGGAUGAUAAAUAUUUAAUAACUGGACUGCAGAACUGAACAUAAACAUAAAACCUUACAGACAUACACACACAUAAUAUUAUCACACUGACAAGAACACACUUCGCUCAACUUUUUCGCCAUUUCAAUGAGGAUACAUUUCGUUAAAUCCACUAUAUAAAGGCACUAAAUUUUUAAAUAAUUGAACAUAUAUUAAACUUGUGCUAAGGCAUU